GGCUGCUGCUGCCGCCGCUGGAUGCCUCAGCUCCCACCAUGGCUGAAACCACCAAGCUCCAGCUAUUUGUGAAGGCCAGUGAGGAUGGCGAGAGCGUAGGACACUGCCCUUCCUGUCAGCGGCUCUUCAUGGUCCUACUCCUCAAGGGUGUGCCCUUCACACUCACCACAGUGGACACUCGAAGGGCAUUGGAUGUGCUGAAGGACUUUGCACCAGGCUCACAGCUGCCCAUCCUGCUGUACGACGGGGAUGUCAAGACAGACACACUGCAGAUCGAGGAGUUUCUGGAGGAGACAUUGGGGCCACCUGACUUCCCUAGCCUGGCACCCAGGUACAGGGAGUCCAACACAGCGGGCAAUGACAUCUUCCACAAGUUCUCUGCCUUCAUCAAGAACCCAGUGCCUACACAGGACAAUGCCCUGUAUCAGCAGCUGCUCCGGGCCCUGACCAGGCUGGACAGCUACCUGCGUUCACCACUGGACCAUGAACUGGCGCAGGAGCCACAUCUUCGUGAGUCCCACCGCCGCUUUCUCGAUGGUGACCAGUUCACGUUGGCUGACUGCAGUCUGCUACCCAAGCUGCACAUUGUGGAUACCGUGUGUGCACACUUCCGCCAGCUGCCCAUCCCCGCGGAACUGUCCUGCGUUCGCCGCUACUUGGACAGUGCGUUGCAGAAGAAGGAGUUCAAGUAUACGUGUCCACACAGCGCAGAGAUCCUGGCUGCCUACCAGCCUGCUGUGCACCCCCGUUAGCCCCCCUACUUUCAUACACUCAUCUGCAGCCCCAUAAAGCAUCUCUGCCCCAA